CGAGUUGUGGUUACUCCAUUUGGAACGACCAAUCCAUCUACCCAAUUCUUUCUCCAAGCACGGGAACUUCGGUUUACACCCCCGUGCCAAAUCGUUCACAGCUACGAUGCAGCCUUCCAUUCUCUCUCUCACUUCUCCUUCGGCUCUCCCCAACUUCUUCUUAAACACCACCAAGUACCCCUUUCCGAUCCAAACCGAAUUCCCCAAAACCUCCUCCCGUCCAUUCUCUUUGAGUAUCCAAUGUCCCGCCCUCUCCGUCGCCAUCGAUGCCUCCCCAGCCACUUCCAAGAUCCUAUCGAAGCCUUCGGCUGCAGAAGUCUGCCGGACGAUUAUGGAGCUUUCCUCCACCGGCACUCUUUCCGCUAUUUCCCUGCAGGAUGGUUGGCCACUGGGUAUCGGCGCUCGCUUUGUCGUUGACGCGCACGGCACUCCCGCGCUGUGCCUUAAUGAGCCUGGGAAGCUCUUCGUCCCCGCUGGCUCUUCCAGCUUUAAUGUGCAACUCCAGCAGAGCGGGUCGAGGACGAGGCAAUGUACGCUGCUGGGAAAUCUCGAGAAGCCUAAGGAUGGGUUUCUCUUGAAGAAACUUUGUACAAGGUGGGAGAAGAAAUUUGGUGAAGAAGUGGAUGAAGGUCUCCUCUAUGUAAUUAAAGUUGACAGAAUUCUUCAGUUAGAAGAUUUUAAGGAGGACACAGUGUGGAUAACCUCCUUAGACUAUUUGAAUGCUGAGCCUGAUCCACUUCGGAAUUGUGCUGAAAAGAUCGUGUAUGAGAUGGAUACUAAACAUACAGAAGAUGUUCUGCGGGUAUGCCAUGUUUAUUUGGACACUCAAUUUCAGGUAACUGAUGCUAAGCUGAUAUGGCUUGACCGGUUAGGUUUUGAUCUGUACCUAUAUUCUUUGGAAGGAACUUUUACUGCCCGGGUUCCUUUUCCAAGAGAAGUUUCGGAUGAAAAAGGCGUGAAAUCUUCUUUAAAUUCUAUGUUUCACCUUGCAUGGGAGGUAGAGAAGGGCUAUGUUGUUCCUGAUUUUGAGAGGGUGAAGCUUGUCAAGAAGAUAAGCAGGUGAGCAUUCAUUGUUUCUACCUCGGUUUCUGGAUGAAUUAUUCUGUGCUGUGCGGAUACCGGACAGGGAGAACCGUUCAGUUUGUUUCUGUGAACAGUGAAAGCGCACACUGCGCUUUCAUUGUUCAUACUGCGUUUUUAUUGUUGACAGAGACAAAACUGAACGGAUCUUUCCGUCCAGUGUCCACACAGAAUAAUCUCUCUUGUUUCUGUAUCUUGUUUUAGAGAUUCAUUUAUUCAAAUCAAAAUGUAACCCGAACAGAUGAUUCAUACUGAUUCUUCCCUUGUAACUUAAGAUUUUUUUUU